GCGAACAACACAACACUAGAGUUCACACGUGAAGCAAGGGAUACGUCGGAAGACAUUAUGGAACGAAUAACUGCGCUUCUUUUUCUUUUACAGGCGACAGUAACUGUUGUCAACACAGGUUCACACUCAAUCUGGGCGUUUGCAACACUUAUUUACGGGCAGACCCAAUUCCCAGAAUUCAGUGUUUCGGUAUUUGUGGAUGAUCUUCAGGUGCUGUACUAUGACAGCAACAUCAAGAAAAUUAUCUCUCGAAGUCGACCAAGCUCCACAAAGGGAGUUGAAGAUAUUAUGCUUCUAGGUGCAAACAUUGCGGUAGAAGGCAUUUACAAUUACAUGAAACAUCCAUCACAUCAUGUAAGGCUCUUCGCCAAUCACACUGGAGGAGUUCAUGUUCAUCAGAGGCUGAAUGGAUGUGUGCUGGACAAUGACAAGCCCAGUCCGGUCAUGCUGUGGGAUGUUUAUGAUGGAACAGAAGCGGUACAUUUUGACAUGCAUGAUCGCACAGUCAACCCUCUAUGGCCACAGCUUAAAUGGACCACAAAUGAAGCAGAGAUUAUUCGAAUGCAGUUUAUAGAUAUUUAUCAGCCUAUAUGUAUCCAAAUACUGAAGUACUAUCUGGAGAAAGAAAAGAACAUUGUUCUUAGAAAAGAGCGGCCCAGAGUCAGACUAAUCCAGAAGACAUGCAGGGAGACUGGAGUGGUGAAGGUGAGCUGUCUGGCCACUGGCUUCUACCCCCGGCACAUCAACCUGACCAUGCUGAGAGACGACCGUCCCAUUCCAGACGAGGAGCUCAUUUUGGGGGAGGUGUUACCGAAUGGAGACGGGACGUACCAGACGAGGAGAACCCUUAGUAUCAGUUCGGAGAUAGAGAGAGAGAAACACCGUUACACCUGCUCUGUCACACACCUUGCUCUGGACAACAAGCUGGACAUCAACUGGGAAUCAGGUGAAGGUGCUAAUGUUGCAGUCAUCAGUUCUGUGGUUGUAGUGCCGGUUCUGGUUCUGGUUCUGAUCUUUGCCAUCCUUGCGUUUAUCGUCUAUAAGAAGAGACGCAGAGGCAUCUAGACCUGCUUUGGAUACUUGCUUGCUAAAGUUUCAGAGUCAGAAGACCCAGCUUCACACUCCUCUAUCAUUUAGAAAUCCUUUAUUGUACCUGGUCAGGUUGAGUAAUUUUCUUUUUAGUAUUCAAUGGAAUUGCAGACUGCUCAUGAUGCAUAUUCCUCCAAUGAUACACCUGCUUAGACACAUUUUUGAAUUGUGUGUUGAACACCGACUCAAUAAUUUCAGUUCUUUAGCCUUCACCUACCUUAUUUGAAAAAUGGACCAGAUCUAUUGUGAGGUCUUCAUCCUCCCCAGACACUCCCACGUCACUCCCCUGCUCACUACCCUCCACUGGCUGCCUGUUAUAGCUUGCAUCAAAUUUAAAACAUUGGUCCUAGCAUACCAGGCAGUCAAGGGAUCAGCCCCA